CAGAACGUCAUAACAUGGCAGAUGCAGUCAGGGAGUUCCGUGAGGCCGCACGGUGUGUAAUGGAAUGCUGGACUGCCCUGAACCUAGCAGUGGAGAACAAUUGGGGAGGUGAUAACUCAAGUGGAAAGAAAGAUGAACUGAUAAACCUAGUGAUUGACUUCUGCUUGUCUAAAAAUGAUCUGUACCCAUAUGAAGUAGAAGAUUUACUAUUCGAACGUAUGCAGACCAUGUUCUGCGUUGACAUAGAAGAUGAAAGUGAAGUCGAAGUAGCAGCACUACUAGCAAGGCUACACCAGUCCUGCAAAGCAGGAGAUAUCGCAUACGCACAUGAACUGCGCCAAAACCUAACGAAAUGUGAUAAUGCACAGUGUAAGGGAAGGGAUAAUAUACAGGAACUAUCUGAAUCUGAGGAAGAUACAGAAUCACUAGACGUGAGUAGGAUAAGGCAACCCAAGACAGAGCUACUAGAAGAUGGUUGGACACGAGUACUAUAAUGUGGAGAUAUUUAA